AUGUCACAUAAAAGUAAAGUUGAUAUACACCACGGUAGAGUAAAGGUUAGAACAACUGCAGAACAAGAAGCAUUAAAAAAUAAAGAAUGUGCUGAAAAACUUGCACGUUAUAGAGCUGGCAUGAGUAUUGUGUUUGAAAAAAGAAGAAGUAAUAUUUAUGAUGAUGAACUGAUGACGGUUAGUGGACGCAUGUUACUACAAAAUCCAGACAUUUACACAUUAUGGAAUGUUCGUAGAGAAGCAUUUAUAAACAAUGAUUGGGAUGAAAAAAUUUCGAAAAAAUUUUACCAAAAUGAAUUAACAUUUACUGAAUAUUGUUUACAAAAAAAUCCUAAGUCAUACUGGGUAUGGUACCAACGAAUGUGGAUUAUGAAUCAUCUAGAAGAUUGUGACUGGAAGAGAGAACUAAUGUUAUGUUCUAAGUGUUUAAAUUUGGAUGAAAGAAAUUUUCAUUGUUGGAAUUAUAGAGAAUUUGUUGUACAAAAAGCAGGAGUUUCUCCUGAAGAAGAAUUUCAAUUUGCUACUUCAAAAAUUCUAAAUAAUUUCUCUAAUUAUUCUUCCUGGCAUUACAGGAGUCGACUAUUGUCAAAAAUGUUUCGUAAUUCUGAUCAAAGGGAUAUUGAUGAAAAGAAAAAAAAUGAAUUAGAAUUGGUAAUGAAUGCCACAUUCACAGAUCCUAGUGAUUCUAGUGCCUGGUUCUAUCAAAGAUGGUUAUUGGAUGCUCAUGAAAGUUCUUCUACCCUGUCUCAAGCCUUAGUAAAGGAUACUAAUGUAAUUCUUUUAGCUAAUAAAAAUGUAUCAACUGAGUCAAUAUACUUACAAAUAAAUACUGAAAAUGAAAAUGUUCAAUGGAAGUCUUGGCAAGAAACAAAAUUUUCAAAGUUAUGGUUUGGGAUAUUUAAAAAACAGUUACCUGAAAUAAAAAAUAUUCACAUAGGAAUAGAAGGAACAUUUUAUCCUUUACUUCAUUUUAAUCAGAAAUGGAUAUAUAGAAAAAGAAAAUAUAAAUCCUGCUAUAAUGAAGAUCAAUUAUUGGAACAAUUAUCGAGUUAUAAACAACUUGUAGAAAUGGAACCUAAUAAUAAAUGGGCCCAUCUUACUGCUAUUCUUUUAAUGAGAAAAAUUGAUUUUAUAAAAUUUUAUGAAGAUAUUUUAACGAACUUGCAUGUUCUUAUUUUUUGCUUUAAUUUUCGAAGUAAAUAUGUCAUUGAAUAUAAAUUGUCUGAAUUAUGGGACAUUGAAGGAGAUCAGGAUGUAAAGUCUGAAAUUGAUCUUUCAGGAUUAAACUUAACUACACUUAGUAAUAAUGAACAUCUCAAUUUCUUUGAGGAAAUAAAUCUUGGUGCAAACUUCUUAUCAAAUUCUUUACACCAAUUAUCUUUUCUACAAAAUUGUAAAAAAUUAUCACUUUCAAGCAAUGAAUUGGACAGUUUGGAAAAAUUUCCCACAUUACAAAACCUUGAAAUUUUAUCACUAAGGAAUAAUAAAUUGAAUAAUGUUGAGGAAAUAUUACAAUUAUUGAUAAGACAUAAAUUGAAGUUACUAGAUUUAAGAGAAAAUCCUGUUUGUAAUACUAAAGGAUUACAAGCUGCUAUUAUACAAAGCAAUACAGAUUUACAAUUAUAUAUAGAGUAA